AUUUCUUUCAACUUCACCCUCCAGAGAGAGAGACAGCCGAGGAGAAGAGAGAAGAAGCAUCUCAAUCUUCAUCGAUCAAAAAUGGCCAAACGUAGGGGAGGAACCGCAGGAAGCAAGUUUAGGAUGUCCUUGGGUCUACCAGUUGCAGCAACUGUGAACUGUGCUGAUAAUACAGGAGCUAAGAAUCUGUAUAUCAUUUCAGUGAAAGGUAUUAAAGGUCGUCUUAAUAGAUUACCAUCUGCCUGUGUUGGUGAUAUGGUUAUGGCUACUGUUAAGAAAGGUAAACCAGAUCUUAGAAAGAAAGUUAUGCCUGCUGUUAUCGUUAGACAACGUAAAGCUUGGCGUCGUAAGGAUGGUGUUUUCAUGUACUUUGAAGACAAUGCAGGAGUUAUUGUAAACCCAAAGGGAGAAAUGAAAGGUUCUGCUAUCACCGGCCCUAUUGGAAAGGAAUGUGCAGAUUUGUGGCCUAGGAUUGCAAGUGCAGCCAAUGCCAUUGUUUGAGAAGCCCCCCAUCCUUCCACCUAGUUGAAGAAAAAACCAUUAAGUUCAGUACUGAGUUAGUUAUCAGGUUGUAAUUUGUUUUUCUUUUGGAUUAUUAGUUCUCUUAUCCAUAACAAAUCACAUGUUCAGUCAGAGAUUUCUAUCCCUGAAGGAUUUGGAACUUGAAAGUUUUGCUCAUCGCUUAAAAGAUUUGCUUGUUUUACUGUUGUCUUAUUUUUUUACUGUUUAUUUGUUGCAUUUGAUUUGUGUUGUAUUAAACAAAUUAUACCCAGAAAUCAGAGGAUUCAGCACA